AUGCAUCCACGCGUUGAGGCUAUUUUCCAAGGCAUUCGAGGGUGUUUCACUCUGGGUGGAUUGUACACCUUGUUCUUGGCAUUGGCCAUGUUGACUACGGGUACUAUUAACACGAUUACAACUAAAUUACAGGAUGUCAGUAACGCAAAGGGUAUUGGUGAUGGCCCACCAACAGCAUUCCAACAUGCAUUUUUCCAAACAGCUGCCAUGUUUUUGGGAGAGUUACUUUGUCUCAUUCCGCAUAAUAUUCAAUUACUUUAUUACAAAAUUAAAGGAAAAAAGACCGCUGAAGAAUCUAGUGAGGACUCAUUGAUUGAGAAGAAGCCAAAACCAUUCACCAACCCACUCAUCUUUUGGAUUCCUGCUUGUUGCGAUUUGGGCGGUUCUACUUUGCUCAAUUUUGGAUUAUUUUACACGGAUGCAUCGGUCUAUCAAAUGUUGAGAGGUAUUUUGGUCGUUUUCACUGGACUUCUCUCUGUUAUUUUCUUGAAAGCUAGAUUAUAUUAUCACCACUGGGCUGGUUUGUUUUGCAUUGUGAUUGGUUGCGUCAUUGUUGGUUUGAGUUCAGUUUUGUACAAGAGUGAGUCAGGAACUGCUAGAUCUCCAUUGUUGGGAGAUGUUUUGGUUAUUUUGGCUCAAAUUUUGGCUGCUAUUCAAUUUGUGGUUGAAGAGAAAUUCUUCAGCAGAUAUGAAGUUGCUCCAUUGCAAGCUGUUGGUUGGGAAGGUUAUUGGGGUCUUUCUAUGACUACAAUUGUUUUGUUUGUUUUAUAUUGGAUCCCAGGAAGUGACUAUGGAAGUGUUGAAAAUGCUGUUUAUGCUUUUGCUCAAUGUAUUAAUAAUUGGAAGAUUGCUGCCUCAACAUUGGGAUCGGUAUUUUCUAUUGCCUUCUUCAACUUCUUUGGUGUUUCUAUUACUAAGAGAAUUUCUUCAACCACUAGAUCAACUAUUGACAGUUGUCGUACCAUUUUCAUUUGGGCUAUUUCACUUAUCAUUGGUUGGGAAGAAUUCCACUGGCUUCAAGUUGGUGGUUUUGCAGUGUUGUUGUUAGGUACUUCACUUUACAACGAAAUUAUCAAAAUUCCAAAAUAUCAUCAAUGGUACCUCAAGAGAAAGGAACUCUAUUUGGAAGAAAGAAAAAGAAAGGAAGAAGAAAAGAGACAAAGAGAGGAAGAAAAGAAACAAAGAAGAAGAAAUAUCCAAUAA